AUGCCAAUAGAAAAGAGCCCUCCUGGGAUCUUACCGAGUUCCAUUCUUCAUUUAAACAGCAUUAAAAAAGAUGGCAGCUCGCCGCUGUUUGUCUUCAUUCCUGGAAACCCUGGGUUGAUAGAAUUUUACGAACCCUUCUUGCUACAGAUUCACAACAACAACCCCGACUGGGAGAUUCUGGGGCUUUCCCACGCAGGAAUGAACUCCUGUGACUCAGUUGAAUGUCCUGUCUACUCCUUGCAAGAACAGAUUGAUCACAGUGUGAAAGUUAUAAACAGGUAUUCCAGGGUUGGCAGACCAUUGAUCAUCAUGGGUCACUCCGUUGGGGCAUAUUUCACUCAAAAAGUGGCUCUUUGCAAUGAUCUAACGGGAACUGUCGUUCGAAUCGGUCUACUCACUCCCACGCUGAUAGACAUUCACGACAGUGAGAAGGGACGAAAACUUACAAGAGUAACGGAGUGGGUUCCCAGUUUUCAUAAGAUAGUCGCUGGAUUCUCCUGGCUUUUGUUUGAAAAGAUGCUGCCAACAUCAUUGACAUCUCUUCUUCUGUCUACUACUAUGGGAGUUGAUUCCCGAUCUGACAUGGCAUUGGCAACCAAAACUCUCGUUACAAACUCUAGAUUUGUCAAGCAAGCACUGGGAUUGGCAACUGAAGAAAUGCGAGUGAUAAGGUCUGAUUGGGAAUUUCAGCGGACUUUUUUGGAGUUUUGCCGGGCUCGAAACGUCAAGAUCUGGUUCCUUUUUAGCGCGAACGAUCAUUGGGUAAGUCAACAAACUCGCAAGGACUUGAUCCAGUUUUUUGAAGAAAAUGGCGACUCUGAAAUGCUGGAGAUUGACAUAUCUCCCACCUUAGAGCAUGCCUUCGUGCGGAGACAUGCAGAAAUUGUUGUUAGAGAAUAUUUCGGACAUGUGUGA